AUGGAUGAGGACGAUGAUCUAUUCGGCUCAGACCUCGACGAUGACGAUAAAAGAGAAAAGGGAAGUCCUGAAGACAAGAAAUUCUUCUUCAGAAAAGAACUUCGUUCUAUGCUUUACGGUUUUGGAGAUGACAAGGUGCCAUAUGACAAAACCCUCGAGACCCUAGAAGGAAUAGUUUUGGACUACAUUAAAGAGCUAUGCGAGCGAGCAAUGAAUGUUGGAAAACCGGACAAGAUUGCGUUAGAGGAUAUCCAUUACCUGAUCAGACGAGACCCAAAGAAAUUUGCUAGAGUUAAGGAUCUCUUAUCGAUGAGUGAAGAGCUCAAGAAAGCGCGUAAACAAUUUGACGACGUGAAGCAGUUAUGA